AUGGACUCCAAGAUUGUAAUAUUCAUCUGUAUGUUCGGCGUGGCCUGCGCUAGCGUCCUGGCCCCAGCCCCUGUCGUCGCCGCUCGCGUCGACGCCUUACCACAAUACUCCUAUGGUUAUGACGUGCAGGAUUCCCUUACCGGUGACUACAAAGGUCACCAGGAGAACAGAAAUGGUGACUUAGUCACCGGUUCUUACUCAGUAGUUGAUCCUGAUGGCACUAGAAGGAUCGUGGACUAUUCCGCUGACUCGCUGAACGGUUUUAACGCGGUCGUCCGCCGUGAACCUCUUGUGGUUACCGCUCCCGCAAGGGUGGUCGCCCCCGCUCCGUUAGCGCCAGCUCCGGUGUUCGCUCGCGCUCCCUUGGUGGCGGCUGGCCCUGCGCCUUUAUUAGCACCUAGAUUACCCAGCCCCUACUACUAUUACUAG